GGGGUGGUGGGAGAAGGAGGAGGCGGUGAACCACUUAUAAAUGGCGCUGAAGCAGGACCCGAAGCCUAAAUUCCAGGAGGGUGAGUGAGUGCUGUGCUUUCAUGGGCCUCUUCUUUAUGAAGCAAAGUGUGUAAAGGUUGCCAUAAAGGACAAACAAGUGAAAUACUUUAUACAUUACAGUGGUUGGAAUAAAAAUUGGGAUGAGUGGGUUCCAGAGAGCAGAGUACUCAAAUACAUGGACACCAAUUUGCAGAAACAGCGAGAACUUCAAAAAGCCAAUCAGGAGCAGUAUGCAGAGGGGAAGAUGAGAGGGGCUGCCCCAGGAAAGAAGACAUCUGGUCUGCAACAGAAAAAUGUUGAAGUGAAAACAAAAAAGAACAAACAGAAAACACCUGGAAAUGGAGAUGGUGGCAGUACCAGUGAGACCCCUCGGCCUCCUCGGAAGAAAAGGGCCCGGGUAGAUCCUACUGUUGAAAACAAGGAAACAUUCAUGAACAGAGUUGAAGUUAAAGUAAAGAUUCCUGAAGAGCUAAAACCGUGGCUUGUUGAUGACUGGGACUUAAUUACCAGGCAAAAACAGCUCUUUUAUCUUCCUGCCAAGAAGAAUGUGGAUUCCAUUCUUGAGGAUUAUGCAAAUUACAAGAAAUCUCGUGGAAACACAGAUAAUAAGGAGUAUGCAGUUAAUGAAGUUGUGGCAGGGAUAAAAGAAUACUUCAACGUAAUGUUGGGCACCCAGCUACUCCACAAAUUUGAGAGACCACAGUAUGCCGAAAUUCUUGCAGACCAUCCCGAUGCACCCAUGUCCCAGGUGUAUGGAGCGCCACAUCUCCUCAAAUUAUUUGUACGAAUUGGAGCAAUGUUGCCCUAUACACCUCUGGAUGAGAAGAGCCUUGCUUUAUUACUCAAUUUUCUUCACGAUUUCCUAAAGUACCUGGCAAAGAAUUCUGCAACUUUGUUUAGUGCCAGCGAUUACAAAGUGGCUCCUCCUGAGUACCAUGGGAAAGCUGUGUGAGAGGCACACUCACUCACUUAUGUUUGGAUCUCCGUAAACACAUUUUUGUUCUUAGUCUAUCUCUUGUACAAAUGAUGUGCUUUGAAGAUGUUAGUGUAUAACAAUUGAUGUUUGUUUUCUGUUUGAUCUUUAAACAGAGAAAAUAAAAGGGGUAAUAGCUCCUUUUUUCUUUUCUUUUCUUUUUUUUUAUUUCAAAUUUGCUGCCAGUGUUUUCAAUAAUGGACAACAGAGGGAUAUGCUGUAGAGUGUUUUAUUGCCUAGUUGACAAAGCUGCUUUUGAAUGCUGGUGGUUCUAUUCCUUUGACACUACGCACUUUUAUAAUACGUAUUAAUGCUAUAUGACAAAAUGCUCUGAUUCCUAGUGCCAAAGGUUCAAUUCAGUGUAUAUAACUGAACACACUCAUCCAUUUGUGCUCCUUGGUUUUUUUUUUUUUGUUUUUUUUUUAAUGGUGCUUAAAGAGCCCAUCCUUUGCAAGUCAUCCAUGUUGUUACUUAGGCAUUUUAUCUUUGCUCAAAUUGUUGAAGAAUGGUGGCUUGUUUCAUGGUUUUUGUAUUUGUGUCUAAUGCACGUUUUAACAUGAUAGACGCAAUGCAUUGUGUAGCUAGUUUUCUGGAAAAGUCAAUCUUUUAGGAAUUGUUUUUCAGAUCUUCAAUAAAUUUUUUCUUUAAAUUUCAAAAAAAAAA